AGGAAUGACUUUCAAAUAUGUCUUGUCUCAUAAAGUGAUUUAUUGAACCGUUUUCAUUAUUUUGGACUUUUCUAUCCAACGUUUCGUCGAAUAUUCGACAGUCAUCUUCAGAGAACCUAUCGUUUUUAACGUGUUGGCAUCAAAAAAUGUCCAAAGAUGACCAACACCAAUCGGACAAAAAAUUGAGAAAGUCGGUCCGAUUAGAAAGCAGCCAUGGCGUUUCAUCCAAAGGUGGAAACUCUGAGGAUAAUCCAGACAAGCCCAGUCCUUAUUCCAUAACAGAAGAAGAUUUGCAGAAACGUUUGAUCACCUCAACAGAUAGUGGGAGGAAAAGCACUCAGAUUUAUUCAUGUCUUGUUGUCUCAACAGGGCAUUUAUGCUUUGGGACUUGCCUAGGUUGGGCUUCGCCUAUGAUGUUUCACAAAGAAAAACAUGAGGAUUUUGCGAGCUUUUACACCUGGAUGACUGCAUUGGUACCUUUAGGAGCAUGUAUGGGAUUUGGAGUAUGGACAGUUAUGGGAUACAAAAAUGGACCAAGAAAAACAUUACUAAUACAGACCCUCAUCUACUUGACCCUAUGUUUAACCCUCUUUUUUGUCAAGCAUAAGGCGUCUAUACAAGCUGGGAGGUUUUUCUUAGGUUUUUUUGGUAUAGGUUACGUGGUAUGUGGUCAGAUGCUAAUGAACGACACCAUUCACGUAGCUCUACUGAAAUAUAUGAGAAUUGUACCCCAUUUAUUCAUGCUGAUGGGAGUAUUCCUAGUGCAACUCACAGGAAUAUUCGCCGAGUCAAGAAAUGGAGGUCUUGCAUGUAUCGCCAUUACCGCACUCACAUUCCUUAUGCUCUUCAUGAUGCCUGAAAGCCCUGUGCACAUGUAUAAAUUUGGAGAAAAGCUUGCAGAAGACUCUUUGAGCUGGUACAUUGGUAGAAAGAAUAUUCAGGAUAAUAUGAGAAGAAUAAGACGAGAUUACGAGUAUAGAAGAAUGAAUGUAGAAGAUAAAUACAUGUUGAACUCCAAUGUUGUUAAAAAAGGCAUGGUUAUAAUAAUAGGGAUUAUAAUUCUUCAAGUAGGAUCAGGGUACCAUUUAUUUCUUUUUUAUGGCACCAUAAUAUGGUCUGUUGUACCUCUCAUAAGUGAGAAAGCAGAUGUGAUAAUCUUAGGGUGUGUUCUUCUCUUCUCAAGACUGUUUUGGUCUAUAGCGCACUUAAAGCUGAAACUACCAGUAAGAACUCCUCUCAUCCUUAGUUGUACUAUAGUAGCUACAAGUCAGUUGAUGCUUGCUUCCAUAUUAUUGAUUCUCAGCUUCAAAAUCUGUGUAUCAACAGACUAUCUCCGAUGGUGCUGUUUUGUAUGCUGUUUUUUCGUGAUUUUCGGCUUCGAGAUGGGUUUGAACCAUUACACUGGUAUUUUGGUGUAUGCUUACCUUCCGUUCCAGGUUUAUCAAACCGCCCUGACUAUUGUCAAUUCGAUAUUCUGGUUUUUAGUAUUUUUCAUUAUAAAAUUUAAUGGACUCUGGCAUACUAACAUGGAAAGUUGGUUGCUGUUUCUAAUAGCUUCAAUAUUUUUAUACUUUGGCGCCCUUUACGUGUAUUUAUUUGUGGUCGAGAUAAAAGGCAGAAGUUUAGUUCAGAUCCAACUAGAUAUCGGUGGGAAUCCAGUGGGAACUAGGGCGGCUAUUGGCAUGAGAACUGGAGGUGACGAUAUCUAAGUUCGAUUGUCGACUCUUGAAAAAAGGUUGUCAAGAAAUUUUUUUUUUCAGAAAAAAUGCAGAUGUACCAAAAAGAUUUAGAUUAAGUUUAUACUCGUUAACAAAAAUGGCUUUAAAACCUAGGGAAUCUGAAUAAUAAACUAUGUACUACGAUAUUUUGUGAUAUUUUUAACGUGUUUAUAUUUUGCAGUAAAUUCUUUUCGCUUUUUCUACAUUUUUCCAGAUGGAUUAAUUUAAUAAGCAUCAGAUAAUAAAUAAUGCUGUUUAUAUUUCAUGAA